AAGAUAUCUACAAUUGUCUAUAAUUUAAGUUUCAUUUAGUUUUAUCCAUAUAAUUUAAAAGUUUGUUGUACUUUUGGUAAAAAUAUCUUAAUACCUAUAAAAGGGUAAGGCAAAAGAUACAGAGUGAACGUUUUCACUGAAAAGCCAUGAAGGAAAAAGGAGAAAUUAAUCCUUUUAAACGGCAGGAUCUGUUUGUUUUUGUGCGCCAGACUAUGUGCAUUGCGGCAAUGUAUCCGUUUAGAUAUUACUUCAAAGUUUCUGGAAUACUUUUUGGUCUGAUAACAUUCCUGGACGUAAUUUACGAGAUAUUCAAUUACUUCGUGUCAGUGCACAUAGCCGCUUUGUUUAUGUGCACUAUUUACUUAAACUACGGAAAAGGAGACCUCGACUUCUUUGUAAACUGUUUGAUCCAGACCAUCAUUUAUUCCUGGAUGAUUGCCAUGAAACUCUACUUUCGACGCUUCAGACCUGCAUUACUAGACGAAAUUUUGAAAUACAUCAAUGAAAAGUAUGAGCCGAGAUCGGCCGUUGGAUUUAGUUAUGUGAACAUGGACGGAUCGUACAGGAUGUCUCGGCUGUGGAUCAAAACCUAUGUCUAUUGCUGCUAUAUUGGCACCAUCUUUUGGUUAGCUCUUCCCAUAGCUUACAGGGAUAAGAGUCUGCCACUGGCUUGUUGGUAUCCUUUCGAUUAUACACAACCAGUGGUCUAUGAGGUUGUGUUCUUUCUACAAGCUGUGGGCCAGAUUCAAGUAGCAGCUACCUUUGCAUCAUCGAGUGGCUUGCACAUGGUAUUUUGUAUCCUAAUGUCAGGACAAUACGAUGUCCUUUUCUGUAGUUUGAAGAAUGUUUUGGCCACCAGUUACGUUAGAAUGGGAGCCAGUUUAGCUGAAAUGAGACAAUUAGAAGCUGAGCAAUCAGUUUCCGAUGCUGAACCAAGUCAGUACUCGUAUUCUUUUGAGUUACAAACUCCCCUCGAGCAACUUUUACAAGAGAAUCCGAAAUCUGAAGUCUCUCCGGAUUUUUCUAGAGCUUUCAGGGAUAGCUUUAUACGAUGCAUUUACCAUCAUCGGUACAUCGUAUCCGUACUUAAGAAAAUGGAAAAAUUCUACAGUCCGAUUUGGUUUUUAAAAAUCGGCGAAGUAACUUUUCUAAUGUGCUUGGUGGCGUUUGUUUCGACAAAGAGUACUGCGGCCAAUUCCUUUAUGCGAAUGGUUUCUCUGGGCCAGUAUCUAAUCCUGGUGCUCUACGAGCUCUUCAUCAUAUGCUACUUUGCGGAAAUCGUGUACCAGAAUAGUCAGCGGUGUGGCGAGGCGCUUUGGCGCAGUCCCUGGCAGAGGCACUCUCGCGAAGUGCGAAGCGACUACAUGUUCUUUAUGCUGAACUCGCGUAGACAAUUCCAGUUGACCGCUGGAAAAAUAACCAACCUUAAUAUUGAACGUUUCCGAGGGACCAUCACUACCGCCUUCUCGUUUCUCACAUUACUGCAAAAGAUGGACGCACGAGGCUAAAAAACAAUUUUAGUUUUUGGUUUUACUUUUAUUUGUAUAGGUAUUAUAGAAAAAUCAUCGUUUUAAUAAUGGAAUAAAAAUAUU